AUGGGAUUUACAGAAGAAGCAUUGCAGAGUCAAAAGUUCCAGAGGUGCUGUUUCAUUGUCAUGGAUCUGAAUAUGCUGGACACUUUGCGACCUUUAAAACAGUGUCUAAGGUUCUUCAAGCAGGCUUUUGGUGGCCUACAAUGUUUCGCGACGCACAUGCCUUUAUCUCGCAGUGUGAUGCUUGUCAGAGGAGGGAAGAUCAGCAAGCGACAUGAGACGCCACAAAAUUUCAUCUUUGAGGUUGAAGUAUUCGAUUGCUGGGGUAUCGAUUUCAUGGGUCCUUUUCCCUCUUCUUAUGGGAAUAAGUAUAUCCUGGUUGCUGUUGAUUAUGUUUCUAAGUGGGUCGAAACCAUUGCCAGCCCCACCAACGAUUCUUCAGUGGUUCUUAAGAUGUUCAAGACCAUCAUCUUCCCUCAAUUUGGAGUGCCUCGAAUUGUUAUAAGUGAUGGUGGUUCUCACUUGAUUAACAAGGUUUUCGAGAAACUCCUAAGGAAACAUGGAGUUCAUCAUCGAGUUGCAACUCCUUAUCACCCUCAGAUGAGUGGACAGGUUGAAGUCUCGAAUCGACAGAUCAAGGAGAUCUUGGAGAAGACAGUGGGUAAAACUCGGAAGGACUGGGCUGCGAAGUUGGACGAUGCACUCUGGGCGUACAUGACAGCGUUCAAAACACCUCUAGGCACCACAACUUUCCACCUGCUCUAUGGAAAGCCUUGUCACCUUCCAGUGGAGAUCGAACACAAGGCAGCUUGGGCGAUAAAGAUGAUGAAUUUCGACAUCAAGUCUGCUGCAGAGAGGAGACUGAUACAGCUAAAUGAGUUGGACGAGAUCAGGCACCAUGCCUAUGAGAAUUCGAAGCUGUACAAGGAGAGGACCAAGGCGUAUUACGACUCGAAAAUCCUCUCCAUGCAAUUCAAACCGAAUGACCAGGUACUUCUGUAUAACUCUCGUUUGCAAUUCUUUCCUGGUAAACUGCGUUCUCGUUGGUCAGGUCCUUUCAUAGUCAAGGAAGUUGGACCCUAUGGUGCCAUCGUCCUCCUCACACCAGACAGCAGCAGGGAGUUCACUGUGAAUGGACAAAGGGUGAAACACUACUGGGCCAAAGCUGCGAUUCCAGAUGGACACAUAGUUCCUCUGGAUGGUGCCCCUCCUGUCUGA